CCCAGAUUCAACAGCGCUCCCGCCGGGCUCUGGGCACCUGGCUCAGUCCCCUGUCCUCUCGCACGGUGCGAGGCCAGGAGGGGUCACCUCGCGCUCCCAACUGCCUGGUAGCGGGCCAACCGCCACACUGGGGAUGGGAUCCGGACCGCUAGCCAUGUUGCGCGUCCUCCUUCUUCUCGGCGGGCUGGGUGGGCUCAGCGGGUACAGCCAGGGCCACAGGGAACACAAUUAUGAAAGACUGCACGUGCAAGUUACGGUUCCAGUGAAAAUACGGUCAAUCAAAACCGGAGGAUUUGAAUCACAUGUGUCCUACAACAUUACAAUUGAGGGGAAAACAUACACUAUGAACCUGACGCAAAAAAUUUUUUUACCUCAUAAUUUUAAAGUUUAUGGUUAUGAUGGUGCAGGAAUCAUGAAGCCCCUUGAUAAAGAUUUUCAGAAUUUCUGCUACUACCAAGGAUUUAUUGAAGGUUAUCCAAAUUCUAUGGUGAUCGUUAGCGCAUGUACCGGACUCAGGGGCUUAUUGCAGUUUCAAAAUAUUAGUUAUGGAAUUGAACCCCUGGAGUCUUCGGUUGGUUUCGAACAUGUAAUUUAUCAAGUGAAAUAUAAGAAUACAACGUCUUCUGUGUAUACUGAAAAGGAUAUUGAAUUAAGAAGUCUGCCCUAUAAAAUACAAAGCAUAGAGCCACAAGAGAUCUCUCAGUAUUUAGAAAUGCAUAUUAUAGUUGAAAAACAUUUGUAUGAUCAUAUGGGUUCUGAUACGACUGUUGUUACUCAAAAAAUUUUUCAGUUGAUUGGAUUGACAAAUGCUAUUUUCACUUCCUUUAACCUUACAAUAAUUCUGUCUUCAUUGGAGCUUUGGGUAGAUGAAAACAAAAUGUCAACCGCUGGAGAUGCUAAUGAGUUAUUACACAGAUUUCUACGCUGGAAAAGAUCUUAUCUUGUUUUACGUCCGCAUGAUGUGGCAUUUUUACUUGUUUACAGAGAAACAACAGAUUUUGUUGGUGCCACCUUUCAAGGGAAGAUGUGUGAGAGGGACUAUGGAGGUGGCGUGGCCAUGCACCCCAGAACCAUUGGUCUGGAAUCACUUGCCAUUAUUUUGGCGCAAUUACUGAGCCUUAAUAUGGGGAUAGCUUACGAUGACGUUGACAAGUGCCAUUGCCCAGGAACUAUCUGCAUAAUGAACCCAGAAGCAAUCCAUUCCAGUGGAGUGAAGACCUUCAGUAACUGCAGUAUGGAAGAUUUCGCACAUUUUCUUUCAAAGCAGAAGUCCCUGUGUCUUCAGAAUCAGCCACGCCUGGAGCCAUCCUACAAGCAGGCUGCAGUGUGCGGGAAUGGGAAGGUGGAGGAAGGAGAAUCCUGCGACUGUGGAAAUGAGCAGGAAUGUGCACAAAACACACCUGUGUGCUGUGACCAUAGCACAUGUGCGUUCACGGAGGGUUCGCAGUGUGCCUCAGGACCAUGCUGUACCGAAUGUAAAUUUGCAAAAAAAGGACACGUCUGCAGGUCUUCCUCAAAUGAAUGUGACCUCGUUGAAUACUGCAAUGGCUCAUCUUCAGAAUGUCAAGAAAACUUCUAUAUCAUAGAUGGGCAUCCCUGUGGGGAAAAUCAGUGGAUCUGUAUUCAGGGACAAUGUGUGAGUGGGACUCGACAAUGCGCAGAAGUAUUUGGUGAAGGGUCAGAGUAUGGUUCUGAAGAGUGUUUUCAGGAACUUAACUCUAGGACUGACGUUUCUGGGAACUGUGGUAUUACUGAUGCUGGAUACAAAGAAUGUGCAGCUAAGGAUCGGAAGUGUGGAAAAUUAAUAUGUCAACAUAAAGGUGACCAUAUACUUCAAAUGAAAGAAGCCAUUACUGUUUAUGCCAACGUAAGUGGACACAUCUGCGUUUCUUUGGAAUACACCCAGACUCAUUCAGAUACUAAUGCGAUGUGGGUAAAGGAUGGAACUGUUUGUGCUCCAAGUAAGGUUUGCCAGUCUAAGGAAUGUGUAGAUGAUACAUACUUGAACUAUGACUGCAAACCAGACACUUGCAACAAUAAAGGUGUAUGCAAUAACAAAAAGCACUGUCACUGCAAUACCCAUUAUGUACCUCCUAAUUGUCAAGAAAGAGAGGAGUCCUCAGUGGGUGGGAGUAUUGACAGUGGCAAUAAUGAAGCUCCUGCUGCCCCCACUGAAAGGCGCUAUAUUGAGCGUACUUAUUACGAGUCCAAAACUUCAAGAUGGCCAUUUUUCUUACUCAUUCCUUUCUUCGUUAUUUUCUGUGUACUGAUUGCCAUGCUGGUAAAAGUUCAUUUCCAAAGAAAAAAAUGGAAAUCUGAAGAUUAUACAAGUGAUGAGCAGCUUGAAAGCGAGACAGAAUCCAAAGAAUAGUGUGAAUAAUGAGGAUUCCAUAUCACAAGCAAUUAUCUUCAGUGGACAAAAAAAAAAAAAAAAAAAAAACGUGGAAAAGAAAAAAAGAGGCAUCACCUGAUUUCUUAGAGAACUCAAACCUGCAUAUUAUGAUUUUCAUCUGACCAUUGACUAUAAAUGUAUAUAUAUAUAUAAUUUCACAUUGACUAUAAAUAUAUAUAAUUCCACAGACAAUUUAUUUGUAAGAAAUGCAUGAUUAUGAGUUUUAUAUUACAUUUUUCCUAGUUUUAAAUUAUCCCACACUACUACUAUUAUCAAAAGGCAU